AUGGACUUUGCCAAAGAUCUUCUUCUUCGAAUGAAGACUUACACGGGAGAGUCUCAGCAAGAUGAGGCGUCGAUUGGGCAGGCUUACAUCAUUGGCAAGAGCAGUCAGCAGUAUGACGAUAUAAUCAACAAAAUUUCAGCCAUGGUCUUCUUGGCUACCCCCCAUAGAGGCUCUGCCUUUGCUGCCACCCUCAACAAUAUUUUCAAAGCCUCGCCAAGUGGAAGUGCAAAGCAUUACGUGGGUGAGCUGGAAAGACUGUCCGGUUCUUUACAGGACAUCAACGAGCAAUUUAGGAACAUGUGCGGCAGGCUGCAGCUCGUAUCUUUCCAUGAAACGAUCAAGACUCAUAUUGGUGCGGGUAUAAAGAAACUGAUCGUUGACAAAGACUCCGCCCUUCUUGAAUAUCCUGGUGAGACGUCCAGCUCGCUGAUUGCUGAUCAUCACGGCAUGGCAAAAUUCAGGAAUCCUCAAGACACAAAUUAUACUCAAGUCAAAAAUGUGUUAAAAUGGCUAAAGAGGAAAGCCGUAAGCGAAGAUACCAGAGAUCUAGCAUUCACUUUCUCUGAACGUAAAGUCAUCAAGAACCAAUCACAACACGAAGUACCUCUGGAGCAGCGACUGAUGAAUAUUCUUGGCAUAUCCGAAAACGUUGAAGAAGACCUUGAUACCUUCACAGAGAGGAUCAUGCAAGGCUCUUGUCAGUGGCUUUUGCAGCGAGAAGCCUUUCAAGAAUGGAUUUCAGACGCCCCUAACGCCUCGGGAAUUUUAUGGGUCACUGGAAACCCAGGUGCGGGGAAGUCCAUUCUUGCCAGUUACGUGAUAGCUCUUCUUAAGAGAAGAUCAUUCUCAGGAAGUUGCCAAUUUCAUUUCUUUCUAGCAGGACAUCAGAUGAAGAGAACACUCUCGUAUUUAUUGCGAAACAUUGCACUUCAAGCGGCUUUGUUUCACGAGCUUUUCUGCACUCGGCUACUCGAGCUCCACGAAAAUACGGGUAUAGUCUUCGGCCAGCAGAAAGCUACGAUAAUUUGGGAGAAGAUUUUCGAGGGCAUCUUGUUCCGCAUUCCCUCUCAGGAUCCAUUAUUCUGGGUCUUUGAUGGUUUGGACGAGGCUGAAGCACCAAUCGAUCUAGUAAAACUUCUCUCCAAAAUCAAAGCUGCUACUCGAAUAAAUGUCCUACUUCUUAGUCGUGCAACUAAGGACUUGUCGAUAAGCGUUCGAAACUUCCUACCCACAGCCGUUCACGAAGGAAUUACAGCCGAGGAUAAUCAAGACGAUAUCCGUGAAUACGCUGUUUCAUCAAUUCAACGAAUUUUACCUGGAGACCAGACACAAGAAGGUAUUGUCCAGGACAUUCUAUCGAAGGCCUCAGGAUCUUUUUUGUGGGUCAGGUUAGCACUGGAGAGGAUCAGCGAUAAUUGGUACACGAAGGAUGAUAUUAGGGCUGCACUCACAGACAUUCCAGAAGGCAUGGAACCUUUAUACGAGCGAAUGAUCGACCUCAUUGCCGACCAGCUCCCCAAACCCCGCAGAAUGGCUGUCAUGAUACUCACUUGGGUGGCCUGCGCAUUCAGACCCCUUGACAUUGCCGAACUUGAAGUUGCAUUAAGACCAGAUUUCCAAGACUUCUACAGUCUGCAAAACACAAUUGAAGAAAUAUGUGGGCAUUUCGUCGUCGUAAACAAGUCAAAAAUAACCCUGAUUCAUCAUACUGCUGCUCAGUUCCUGCUUCAAAAGACAUCAGGCUUGCCUGUCAGCAUCAUCCCAUCCAAGGGCCACCAACAUAUUGCGACUGUCUGUCUCGAUUUUCUUUCAGACACUAGUAGAUGGAGAAGGACUUUCGCAAACAUGCAAACAAUGCAACAACCAAGUAUGCCACUGAGCAGUACAUCUAGUUUCAACGACUACCCUUUCCUCUCCUACGCCUUGACCAAUUGGGCCUACCACUUCAGUCAUGCCCCUGCGGACUCGGAAGAUCUACUAGAGACCGUACUGACGUUCUUGGAAGAAGCAUGUCUACUUUGGAUCAAUGGGGUGGCUCUUUUCAAAAAUCUUCGUAUCUUAACGCAGUCAGCCCAACAUUUCAAGACAUUCUUGAAGAGGAGGGCAAAUAGUCUAGCCAAAAGAGCGUCCCCUAGCUUAACACUAUCGAGGGACGGUGAGCUUCGUCAAUGGGCAAACGAUAUAAUACGCGUUGUCGGCCGAUUCGGCCGAAAUAUUAUAGAGAACCCAGCUUCGAUCCACAAAUACGUCGUUCCUUUUUGCCCCAAGGAGUCCAUCAUAAGCAGGUCUUUCGGUUUCACGAGUCGCUCAGCGUUUUCUGUAACAGGAAUAGCUUCGAAGAAAUGGGAUGACUGCCUCGCGAGAACGACAAUGGGGGAGGAUCAGACGGCAUCCAAAGUGCUAUGCAAGGACACCUUUUUUGUAACGCUUGUCGGCAUCGAUGGCACUCUCAUUGUGUGGUCUUCAGAAACAUGUGAAGAAAUUCGAAGAUUUACCCACGGUGAGUAUGUAACGAACAUGACGAGUAGCCGGACAUCAAGUCUUGUGGCAACGGCUGGCUUCAAAACAACACGAGUAUGGGAUAUCACUACAGGUGAGGAGUUGUAUCGCUUGCCCAAAGGACGUCAUCACCAUACCAGAACACUUGUAUUUGGACCAGAAGAUGACGAGAUCCUUGUCGGCUACGAUGACUGUCUUAUACAGUGUUUCGACUUGGCGACUAGUCGAGAAAAGUGGCAUUUCUUGGCGAAAGAGCCGGGAUCGGAGGACCACAAUUGCGCUCGGUAUAUGGCAAUCAGUCCAGAUCUGUCACAGGUCGCACUUGUGUUUCGUGGAAGACCCGUGGUCGUUUGGAGCAUCCAGCAAUCUCCCUCAAGAUUCAUCCCACCAAAAAGAUGCGUCCUUGCAGAAGACAACAUGCGGUCAGCUCGGGAAGGUGAUGCGUGGAACGCACCAGAAGUAGCUUUAUGGCAACCAGAAACCGACCACCUACUGGUUAUGUACGAGGACACCAAGGUCGUCGAAUGGAACGUCAGAGAUGAUGAACAAUCACCGCACGAUCAUAUGGGAGCACGGGGAAUGGUUCUGAAUCAUGAUGGCAGCCUCCUGCUCACGAGCGAUGUGAAUGGAACACUAAGUAUUUGGACUAUCCCAGACUAUCGACUUACCUAUCGCCUCAAAUAUGAGGAGCUUGUGACAGACAUGUCAUUUUCCCCCGAUGGGGCCCGAUUCUACGAUAUUCGCGGCACGUUCUGUAAUGUCUGGGAACCAGACGCACUUAUCAGGUCAAACGAUAUAGAUCCAGACAGCGCCUCGAGUGUUCAUGAUACGAUCAACUCGGAGCCAGUAAUCUCGUCUGAUGACAAUACUCGUAUCCCGAUAACGUCCCUGAUCUGUAACACUUCCAACACCCACUACUGCUGUGGGAAAGAGGACGGCACAGUGGUAUUGUAUAAGUUACCUCAGGGGAAGAAGGUGCGCCAAAUCGCCAAACAUGCUUUGUCUGCAUCUGUCAUAAAGCUGGCAUGGUCCGAUUCUGAAAGGUAUUUCGCGUCGGGAGAUGACUCUGGACGGAUUAUGGUAAAGAAAUUAGAGUCACCAUCAGCUGGCAAAGACGAUUGGGCAGUCUUUAAGGUCAUUGACAGGCGCAUCGAGGAAGCAAUCGAACAAUUGUUAUUCCACACUCAAGAUGGACUUCUUCUCAUCGCCAGCCGAACCACGGGCUAUGUGUUGAAUCUAAAGACAAAGACAGAGCUUUGCUGCGUCCGGCAUCCAGACCAACAGGAGGCACUUUGGAUUAAUUAUCCGGAUUUUCCAAGCCUCCUGAUUAAGGUAGAUGCGAGUCAAGCACGCCGAUACCAGUGGAAGACACUCUUGACUGAGGAAGAGUCAAUUGAUUCGUCAUUACGAGAUAUCCAACUCAAGACUUUAUCAGGGCAAGUCCAGCGAGCAGUCCAUGUCCAAAGCCGCUACCUUGUACUAGAAAUAUUACCGACCAAUGCGAGUUACGCAAGCUCUCAGAGUCGUCGGAUCGAGUUCCUUGAUGUUUGUAAAUUUAAGGACAGUGAGGGAUCUAAAAGAAAGGAAGUUGAGGGAUUUGCUAAGCAUGUUCGACUUCUGAUCGGCUGCUUCCAUGAUCAGGUGGUCUUCAUCGACCAUCAAUUCUGGCUGUGUACGUGGGCUAUGGAGCAGGUCUAUAGCAAGCAUAAGCGGCAUUUCUUCCUUCCAAAGGAUUGGCUCAGUCCCACGGCGCUAAGACUGAUUGUUCUGAAUGCGCAAGGGACCUUAAUGUGUCCACGGAAUGGUGAAAUUGCUAUCGUACGAUCGGGCUUGAAGUAG